UAUACAACAUACGGUUUUUAAUUUUCAUGCACGAGUUUUUUAACUUGCAUCAUCAAGGUUACUUGUACUUGUUAAAUUAAACUAAUUGUUAAUUUUAAUUAAUUUGAAUAUUGUGACAAUUUUUCAUUCAAUAGUUACAGUUACAAUUAAAUUAUCCGCUUCUGUUAAAUUUGACUCAUUUUAGAUAUAAUGGCUGAAUAUACCAGAGAGCCUUGUCCAUGGCGAAUUGUUGACGAUUGUGGAGGUGCUUUUGCUAUGGGAACUAUUGGAGGGAGUGUUUUUCAAGGAAUCAAAGGUUUUAGAAAUGCUCCGUCCGGAAUCUCACGUAGAUUUUAUGGAAGUUGGUCAGCAAUCAGACAGAGAGCACCAAUGAUAGGAGGUAGUUUUGCCGUUUGGGGAGGCACUUUUUCCACAAUAGAUUGUGCAUUAAUUCAAAUUAGGAAGAAAGAAGAUCCAUGGAAUUCAAUUAUCAGUGGAGCAGCUACUGGAGGUAUCCUCGCAGUGCGUAGUGGUACCAUGACAAUGUUAGGAUCUGCUGUAAUCGGAGGAACUUUAUUAGCUUUAAUCGAAGGUGUAGCCAUAUUAAUGGGAAGAUAUUCAGCUUCUGCAUUUGCCCCACAAGUCAUGAAUCAACCAUCACCAAAUAUGUCAGUUAAUCCAUUCGUACAACAGUCUCAGGCUUAAAGUCAACUUUUGUAAAUAUAUUAAAAUUAUUAGUUCGUUAAUUCCAAUGAGAUAUCUCAAUUAACUGGUCACUAGUUCCAUCAUUUUUUUGAAUCGAAUAUGUAGUCAAUUGGAUCAACUGUCUCAUACAUAUUUAAAUAUACAUAUGCGUAAAUAAAUUACUUAAUUUGACUUUUGAA